AUGCUUGGAUACUGGCUCAUCGCGGCGUGCUGCACUGCUUUGAGUCUGGCAGCGGGUGCUGCUACGGACGACCUGGACGCGCGCGCAGCUGUCAUCGUCGAAAACUUGUCGCCGGAUGAGGUCGUCGGUCAAUUGACGCAGAUCAGCAUCAACUACAUGCUGAACGAAGACUACUCGCUGAACGAAGAAGUGGUGAGGACCUUCGCCAAUCUCCACGUCGGGUCUUUCCUGGUCUCGCCAUUCGUGACUUCCCCCAACGCGAUUACUGGUGAGGCUGGAUGGAACGCUACGAAGUGGCGGAGCAACAUUGCCCGCAUCCAAGGCAUCGUCAUGGAAGAGAACAACGGCGUGCCGAUGAUUUACGGUCUCGACUCGGUUCAUGGUGCUGGCUUCGUGUUGAACGCAACGCUCUUUGGUGCUCAGAUCAACGCCGCCGCGACGUUCAACCCGGACUUGGUCUGUAACAUGGGCCUCAUCAGCGCCCAGGAUACGCUCGCAGCGGGGCAACCCGCUGUGGCCGCGCACUUACGAGACGUUCGGGUGGACACGUAUCUGGUGACUGUCAUGAGCGAAUCCCUCAUUCGUGGGUUGCAGGCCAACAACCAGACCGCGGCGUGUAUGAAGCAUUUCGUUGCGUACUCGAAGACGCCUACCGGCCGCGACAAGGACGGCACGCAGCUUUCGGACUUCGACCUUCUCAACUACUUCGUGCCACCUUUCAAGGCUGCCAUUGCCGCGGGGGUUAAGACAGCUAUGGAGAACUACAUUUCGAUUAACGGCGUCCCGGUGAUCGGUAACCACAAGAUCCUGCAGCAGCUCCUGCGCGAAGACCUCGGGUUCACCGGCCUGACGGUCUCCGACUUCGAUGAGUUCGGGGAUUACAGCACAGCCCACCGCAUCGCUCGCAAUGUGAACGAGUCCAUCCGAUUCUCGUACAAUCUGACGGGUAUCGAUAUGAGCAUGGCCUACGACACAAAGUAUCUGAACGCCACCAAGGCUCUCCUCGAACAAAGUCCUGAGUACCUGGAUCGCCUGAAGGAAUCUGCACACCGUAUCAUCAAUACCAAGCUACAAAACAACGACAGCACACUGCCGAUCCCAAGUUCGUCUACAAUCUUCCUCACUGGCCACUCGGCCCACAAUAUCGGUAACCAGUGUGGUGGCUGGAGUGUCCGCUGGCACGGCUACACAGGCAACGAGUACUUCCCGAACGGCAUUUCAGUGAAGGAGGGCUUGGAGGCUUUUGCAGGGGACAAGGUCACCUACUUCAAUGGACUCAACGCCGAUGGAAUCUACUCGGACGCCAAUCUGACCACGGCGAAGCGACUUGCCAUCAGGCUGAAAAAGACCGGGGACCUUGACGAUUUGGCCCUCCCCGCCGGUCAAGUUGAAUACGUCAAGGAGCUAGCCUCGUCUGGUUCCAAGGUCAUCCUCGUCUUGUUCGAAGGCCGCCCGCGUUUACUGGGAGGACUCCCUGCACAUGUCCACGCUGUUAUCAACGGCAUACUGGCUUGCGAACAAGCAGGCAAGGCCCUAGCAGAGAUCAUCUACGGCCAUGUGAACCCGAGCGGACGCAUGCCGAUCACGUACCCGAAAGACGCUGCCAAUAUCUUGAUGCCGUACAACCACCGCGUAUCGACGCGCUGCGCUGACAACGAGUACUGCGAGAUGCAGUGGGAUUUCGGCGCGGGUUUGAGCUACACCAACUUCACCUACUCGGACUUGGUGCUUAGCAGGACUACCGUGACGUCUAGCUCCGACACCAUCGACGUAUCGGUCACUGUGACGAAUUCUGGUAGCGUGGUCGGCAAGGAGACUGUCAUGCUCUUCAUCACGCAGCCGUACCGCUCUAUCUCGGUGCCGGAGGUGAAGCAGCUCAAGAAGUUCUCGAAGAUCAGCCUCGAGCCUGGUCAAUCGCAGCACGUCUACUUUACGCUGACGGCGGACGACUGGAGCGUGUACUACCCCCAAAUCGGGCAGGGUCUCAAGCAGGUGGCCGAAGACGCGGACUAUGUUGUCGCCAUCAAUCCCGAGACGGACUGCGACGUGUACAAUGAGACCGCAGCCGCGAAUCCGCUCUGUGCGACGUUCACACUGCAGACCGGGGAAUACCCGUACGGCUCUUUCCUCAGUGUGGCCAACUGA